GAGAAGGUUGGAGGGGCGGAGGGAACCAAGCUAGAUGAUGACUUCAAAGAAAUGGAAAAGAAGGUGGACGUCACCAGCAGAGCGGUGUUGGACAUCAUGACCAAAACUACAGAGUACCUUCAACCUAAUCCAGCUUCCAGAGCCAAGCUGAGUAUGAUCAACACCAUGUCAAAGAUCCGCGGGCAGGACAAGGGACCCGGGUACCCGCAGGCCGAGAGCGUCCUGGGAGACGCCAUGUUGAAGUUUGGACGGGAGUUAGGAGAGGAAUCCAGCUUCGGUUUGGCGCUGAUCGAUGCCAGCGAGGCGAUGAAGGAGCUCGGGGAGGUGAAGGACGCUCUGGACAUGGAGGUCAAACAGAACUUCAUCGACCCGCUGCAGAACCUCCACGACAAAGACCUCAAAGAGAUACAGCACCACCUAAAGAAGAUGGAGGGCCGCCGUCUGGACUUCGACUACAAGAAGAAGCGCCAGGGGAAAGUCCAGGACGAUGAAAUCAAACAGGCGCUGGAGAAGUUUGACGAGAGCAAAGAGAUCGCAGAGCAGAGCAUGUUUAACCUGCUGGAGAGCGACAUAGAGCAGGUGAGCCAGCUGGCAGCGUUGGUUCAAGCCCAGUUGGAAUACCACAGCCGCUCUGCCGAAAUCCUCCAACAGCUCUCCAGUAAGAUGGAUGACAGGAUAAAAGAAGUGUCCACUAAACCGAGGAAGGAGUACGCCCCUAAACCCAGAAUGACCCUGGAGCUGCUGCCCCCCAGCGAGAGCCACAACGGUGGGAUACACUCGGCCAAAUCGCCCGGAAGAGAGAAUGCAGCUUUAAUGUUCUUCAGCAUUGGCUUCGGUUGCCGUCUUGUAGAAAAUGUAACUUCCCGUGUCCGUCCCUUCACAGCCCCGUUGGACCAGCCCUGUUGCCGAGCGCUCUACGACUUCGAACCGGAGAACGAAGGCGAGCUGGGCUUCAAAGAGGGCGACGUCAUCACCCUGACCAAUCAGAUCGACGACAACUGGUACGAGGGCAUGAUCAACGGCCAGUCGGGCUUCUUCCCCAUCAACUACGUGGAUAUCCUGGUGCCGCUGCCUCAUUAA